GCGCGACGCUACUACGUUCAUGCGUAUUUUUGCAUUUUUUUUAAACAUCUCAUGCCCAUUUACGAAUACAUGUCGAGUGGCAAGGAAACCUAAUCUCUGACGACACAACAAACAAAAUUGAUAAUAAUUUUUCGGUUGGUUUUUUUAUUAUUAAUCAGGCCAACACAAACUUGAAUUGAAAUCGCACGCGCCCAUGGCGUAAAUUGUUCCAAUGUGGGAUGACUAGACGGGAUUCAAUUAAAUAUACUAUAUCCCAUUUCUAUUUCCCAGUUUGCUGCUCUACUAUGUAGUGUAAUUCUCUCUCUCUCUCGACAGACGAUUGAUUGUAUGCCUGGCAGUGGCAUUGGAACACUUGAGUGUUUGGAAUUUUAAUUAAUUUGCGGCCACAACAAAUACUUCCAUGUACUUUGUUCGUAUGUUAACAUGUGUUUUGUAUGAAUACGUAUAGCACAUACAUAUAAGAAAUGUUUAAUCAAACAACCUAUACCCAUAAUUAUAAACGUAAUUGCCUGCUUCGAUCAGAUUUGGCUAUGUCAUAAUGAUGAUAAGGUUUCGCGUAUUCCCCCAGAACCUGUUCUUGCUGAGGCUGUUACAAUUUCUCUAAAUAUAGAAAACGGAAACGAGUUGGCCAAAUAGAUCAAAGUUCUGAACUCUUUCUUCAGCUGCAACUUUAAUCAUUUCAGAUUAUAAGCAUUACUUAUAGUAUUUUCUUUAUCAAACCUUUCCGAAGUUCUCUACAUAUUAGACACACCUGAUAGAGCACGUUCUCAGUUACCGUUUGACUCUUCAUAUAAACACAACAGAAAAUUCGCUACCCCGCAACGCUUUGGUGUUAUAUAAUACCUAAAUUUAACUGUGUUUUUUUUGGUCAUAAAUCUCUAUCGUAAUGGCAGAGAAACACGUGAAUCCCAAUGAAUACCUGGACAUACCCAAGUGGGUGAGCGAGGACUACUUUCUGCCCAUUCUCGAGCAGGAUGUGAGUGGCUUUCAGAAGAUCAUUAGCUUCACACCCAUUGCGGCUACAGCGCCAGGCGAUAACUAUACCUCCAUCAUGAUCAGAGUUCACAUUGACAUUCUGCUGACAGACGGCAAGGAGCAAAAGAUAUCGUACAUACUGAAGACUCAGCUGGAUGCCAGCAAGGGCGGUGCCUUGAUCAGUCAGAUGGGAUUCUUCGCCAAGGAAAAGGAAAUGUACAAGGACCACAUACCGCAGUUUGUGAGGCUCUACAAGGAGGCUGGAGUGUACAUUGAGUUGGCCCCAAAGUGCGUACACCUUGCGGAGACACCCGAGAGCAUCACUCUGGUCUUUGAGGAUCUGAGUCGUCAGAAUUUCAGGAAUGUCGAUCGUCUCAAGGGUUUCGAUAUGGCCCACAUGCGUUGUGUGCUACGGAAACUGGCAGAACUUCAUGCGGCCUCGGUGGUCAAUCGUUUGCUCAUUGGACCCUACGAUUCGAAGUUUUAUGAAUCCUUUUUUAAUGAGAAAAAUAGAGAGGUAUUUUCAAAUAUACGAGAACAGCGUGAGCCUCAACUCAAAAAAGCCAUGCUCGAGUGGGGACUUCCCGAUGUGGACAUAUACCUGAAGAAACACCCGACGAGCUCAGAGUACUUUGACGCUGGCCUUGCCCUAAGCAAAGUGGAUGAAAGCGAGUUUAAUGUGCUAAACCACGGCGACUGCUGGUCCAACAACAUAAUGUUCAACUACAAGGAGAAUGGGGAGAUCGACAGGACAAUAUUUGUGGAUCUGCAGGUGGCCAAAUGGGGCUCUCCCGCCCAGGAUCUGUGGUACAUGAUAACAACCUCCGCCUCGCUGGACAUCAAAGUUAAGGAAUUUGAUCACUUCAUUCGGAUCUAUCAUGAUCGUCUGACCGAGUGUCUAAAACUCCUUAAAUACUCGAAUCCCAUUCCCUCAUUGAGGGAUAUCCAGAUGCAGAUGUUGAAGCACGGUUUCUGGGGUCCCUUUACGGCAAACGGUGUGAUGGUGGUCGUUCUCUUUCCCUCGGACAAGGAUUCCAACAUGGAUAAGCUAAUGGGUGCCGGACCAGAGGCUGAUGCUCUGCGAGAAAAGAGCUUCAAAAAUCCCUACUACGCCGAUGCGAUGAGGCAGCUGCUGCCGUUCUUCGAUAACAAGGGCCUUCUGGAUAUGUAGUGGGAUGUAUGACAUGCUUUGAUUUAAAAUACGAUUAAAGAAUUUAUAAUUACAAUCAAAGAAAAGGUAAAGGUGUGAUUACAGUUUCUAGCUAUUCAAGUAAAGGACAACAAAAGAUAGUCACAAUAUCUUUAAUUAGGGGUACUAUUUUUAGAUAAAGGAAACGAUUAUAUGCCUAUAUUGUUGCAAUUUGUU